UGAAUCUUGAAAGGAAUUAAUAUCCAUUGUGUGGUUUAUCUAGUACUGACGUUCAUGUCCUCGGAGUCCCCUCUAGAUCAUUCUUCAUAUAAUUCGGAGACUGAAAAAGGAAAUAUGACGUUCAAGGUCGAGAACGAGUACGAGACCUCGUCCAGUGCCC